UAAUAACCAAUGAUAAAAACCAAACUUUAAACGUAUUAAUAUGAUAUUCCGAUCAAUUAUGUUAUAUUGUUUAAAUCUAUGAUACAAUAGACAUUGUGGAAGUGUUACAUGUCAUAAAACAUUUUCAACCUUGCAACGACGGAAAACUAUUUAUAGAUCAACAUCACAUGACAUAAACAUUGUCAUGGGUUGAAAUGGAGGUGAUGUUUCUUCCCAAGUUUUAUUACAUUGUAAGCUGUAUCCUACUGUUAUUUACAAUCUCCAAGGCCAGUGGUAUAGUUUUUGAGCUGAACACCUUUAAUUGUACGGUGCAUUAUGUGAAGUGUGUGCAAUGCAGUCCAGGCUCUUUUGCCAACAGCUCUGUUGAGGAAUGUUAUUGCUGUCCUACAUCAGUUAAAGGUCAGUGCUAUAAUAGUAGCAGCUGUCAGGAAUGUGGAGUGGGGUAUUUCCAGUCCCAGCCUGCUCAGAUCUCCUGUCUCCCAUGUCAGAAAGGAUCCUAUACAGGUGAGACAGGAUCAACUAACUGCACAACAUGUGACAUUGGUCAUUUUGCCAACGAGACUGGCUCAUCCAGUUGCUAUGAAUGUUCACCGGGAACAUUCCAGAAUGAGACAGGACAAUCAGACUGUGUUCAGUGUCCUCAGGGGCAGUACCAGGAUACUGAUGGACAGACCAGCUGUAAGGACUGCCCAAAAGGGACGUCCCAGGACCAACAAGGGCAGCCCAGCUGUGAGGAUUGUCACCCGGGGUCAUUCCAGAACCUGACCGGUCAGUCCACCUGUCUGAAGUGUCCGCCCGGGCACAGCCAGAGUGGCAAUGGCAGCACCACCUGUGACCUGUGUCCUCAAAACUCUUACUGCAGAGAGCCCGGAUGUGUCCAGUGUUCACUGUGUCCUGCAGGAACGUAUGGGAAUGACUCCACGGGCUUAACGGAGUGCCCAGCCUGUCGCCCAGGAAGUUUCUCAGCAGCAAAUGGGUCUAGUCAAUGUACUCUAUGUUCGAAAGGGUUUUACCAGAAUAAAAUCAACAAAACUAAGUGUGAACCAUGUGCAAUCGGAUCCUACUGUAGUGAUGAUGGUUGUGAAACGUGCGGAGCAUGUGCAGAAGGCCAUGAAACUCGGGAAUUAAACAGUACAAAAUGUGAACUGUGCCUCAGAGGGUAUUACAAAGACGAACCUUCAACGGAACGUUGUAGGCAGUGUAAAGAUGGCUUCUACACGACCGGUGAGGGAUCAACCUCCUGUCUCGAAUGUCCCCGGGGGUUCUACUGUCCGAACCCUUGGAACAACCCAAUUCCUUGCCCUGAUUCAUCUACAUGUCCUGCAGGACAAUCUUCCCCUAUUCCAUGCAAUGUUCCAUUUUUUUCUCCAGACAAAACAACGUAUGAGUGUCGACCUACUGAAGAACUUAUUGCUCUCAUUGCUGGAGUUUCUGUGGUCACUCUCAUUAUAGUUUUUGCAAUUACAUACAAAGUGUACAAGUAUAGGAGAUCUCGCCAGUUUCAAGAAGAAACACAACCCCUAACAACGACACCAAAAACCCAAAUAUACCAAGGCUUAUAGCGGAUUAUAUUCUAAACUGUGCAACAACCAUUUUCCUUGUAGAAAUAAGGUGAUGACAACACUAAAAAAAAGUAUGUAUUUAGAUGUGAAGUUAAACUAUUUUUUAUGAUGGAAAAAUAUUCCAAUUUGUUCUUGUAUAUCAAAAAGUAUUUCUUAAAAUUGUGUGGGCGGAUUGAUGGUUGUGUGUG